AUGUCAGAGAACCAGGCCGCCGCCACCACCACUACCGCCGCCGCCUCCACCGCCAUGGAGUCCGCGAGGAAAUGGGUCGUUGAGAACAAGCUCAAAACAGUCGGUAGGCCCUCUCUCUCUCUCUCUCUCUCUCUCUCUCUCUCUCUCUCUCUGAGACUCUCUAUCUGACAUUCUGUGUGAAAUCGGAAGGUUGCCUCUGGCUGAGCGGGGUCACGGGAUCCUUCGCCUACAAUUGGUCGCAGCCCGCCAUGAAAACCAGCGUCAAGAUCAUCCACGCCAGGUAGGGUUCCUCCCCAUCCAUCCGCUGAGUGACCUGAAGCACAGGCGGGGGACUCCCAUUUCUCGGGGCCUUACCCACCUUUUUCCCUCAUACAGGCUCCACGCUCAAGCUCUCACCCUGGCGGCGCUGGCCGGAGCCGCCGUCGUGGAGUACUAUGACCGCCAGCACGGCUCCAAGGUGCAGCAGCGCCAGGGGGAAAGGCUUUUCGCCGCCCCUCCGACCCACGAGAACUGA